CUUCACGCUCACGGCUUCUUUGCUAUCUACAACAGACAAAACAACAACAUACAUCAAAAUGGUUUCUGCAGAAUUCACACAAAAGGCCGAAGCUGUUAACAAGCUUCCAACCAGACCUUCCGACGAUGAGCUCCUUGAGUUGUACGGCUUAUACAAGCAAGCCACCGUUGGUGACAACGAAACCGAGAAGCCAGGAAUGUUUGACUUCAAGGGCAAAUAUAAGUGGGAGGCUUGGACCAAAUUGAAGGGGACCUCUCAAGAAGAAGCUGAGCAAAAGUACAUUGCUUUGGUUGAUGAAUUGAGUGCCAAGUACUCGGCAUAAACGUCGAAAAAGAGCACAAUUAGUGGUAUUUUGUAGCUUCGUGCGUCUUUACAUGCGCC